UUAGGUGUAUCCGCAUUGAACUUCCGGUUUCAUUUUUUUUCAAGAACAUUUUACCAUUUUAUUCAUGCUGUCAUAAUAUUGUUUAAAAGCCAACAGAAUGGCUAACAUACUGCAUUCUGUUAAAUUUAUUGGGCGAAUUUCAUCUUUGGAUGGAUUGAAGUUAUUACCCGCGGCAGUCAAUACCUCGGUAACUCAAAUAGCCAAGUUGCAUUCUGCCAAGGACACAAUAAACCCCCUUCCAGCAAAACUAUAUCCACCUUGGGAUUAUAAGAAUAAACCAUACCAUUGGAUGCAUCAGAUUUACGAACACACAACAAAAAGGUUAGAUGAGAACUCUAAGAUAAUUAUAGUUGAAGGAAGUAUAGGUACCGAUAAGGUUAGAGUCGGAAAAAAGAUAGCUGAAGAAUUUGAUAUGCUUUUCUUACCAGAUGUACCAGAAGAGGCAAUUUUUGUCAAUGAAAAUGGAUUUGAUCAGAGGGAAUUAAAUCCUCGUCUUGGAGAGGAUAGGUUCUAUGAUUUAAAAGAUCUAUACACUGCAAAACAGCCACAAGAUGUUUUAGGAUUUGGAAGAACACAACUGGAAAUGUUCAAGAAACGAUUUUUCAACUAUAAUUUAGCUCUGCGUCAUUUAUUAAAUACAGGACAAGGAGUUGUGAUUGAGAGAAGUUACUGGAGUGAUCGUUGCUUUGCUGAUGCUAUGUCCAAAUGUGGAUAUUUCACCCGUGAAGGAAAAACCUAUUAUAAUAAAGUGUAUAAACAACCUCAGUAUAUAUGGAUGCCGCAUGUAGUAUUGUAUAUUGAUGCCUCAGUUGACCAGUGUAAAGAACUCAUUAAAAAGAGGAACAAUCCAAUUGAGAAGGAUAGUCCAUUACUGACAGACCAGUACCUUCAGACUAUAGAAGAUACUUAUAAAACAAAAGUACUUCCAAGGUUCAAAAUUUGGGGAGAAGUUCUUACAUAUGAUUUAGAUGAAGUGGAAAACAUGGAUGAAAUUUUGUUUGAAAUGCAGAAGCUUAAUCUUGAACCUCCAUGUAAAACUGAUAAGUUAAAAUUUCUUGAUUGGUAUGAAGAUAAGGAAUGGAAGUGGAACUAUAAAAGACAAAUGACAGCAACAGAUUACUUUUACGACAGGAAGUUUUUCCUUGGUAUGGAAGAUGCCUUUUUAUCCCCAGAAAUCUGCAUACAGGAUCAUGACAACUAUGAUCUUGUGGUCAAUUGUCAUCCAUCAAACUACUGGGAGAAAGGAUUUAACCCAGACACAGAUAAUUACAUGUUUAAACGUCAAGUUUUGCUUAAUAACCGGUUUCAGAAAGUGACAGCAUAAAAUUCUAGACCAAAAAAAUAAAGAGGCAAAGAUUUGCUACAAGAAUGUUACAGAAUGUGUGUCAAGAAAGAACAAUAUUGGACUUAAUGCAUUUGAGUGAAAUAAAAACUUAAUUGUU